CGGUUGGUAUUGCUCAAAAUAUCUAAUCCUAAAAACAUUUUUACUUGACAGAUGAUCAAAUUUCUAUGAAAAAUAACUAUUAAUUUUUCACAUGAAUUCAAAUUAUUUUAUCUCGAUAUGAUCCUUUUUGGAUAAUUGUAAAUGAAAUAUCAGUUUGAAAGUGGAAGAGCAUUACAUAUUUCCUGAAUGGUUUUUUGCUAAGAGUAUACCGGCUUCUUGAAAAACGAGUUGACCGAUUUUAAAAAUAAUUAAUGAACCAAUAUUGGAAAAAUUCGGUGGCCUUCGAUAAAAAUAUGAGUGAAACCUCACUUUUUCAAACACACAAAAUAUCUUGGUGUAGGAAAAACAGUUGAAAGUUGGAGGUUCCAACGACAAAAUGGGAAAUAAAAACAGUUGCUGUUCUUUCUCUAGUCCUGAGAGCAGCCACAGAGAGAGAGUAAUAAUUCCUAUUGAAGACACAUUGCAUGAAGGAGAAAUAAGCCAUAACAAUCUACAGCAUAUUAGUGAAAGGGAAGGCGAUGAUGGGGAAGCUGAUCCUUCUCAGGACCCCAUGGCCAAGACAAUAUUCAUUGAAAGAUCCAAAACAGCAAUAGAAAACGGUAUGAUAAGAAGAAAGAGCCAACAUCAAAUAGCAGACAUGAGGCCUUUAAAAAAAAGUAGUUCAUGUUCUACGAUAUAUCUAGAUGAUAGUACUGUGUCUCAACCCAAUUUGAAGAAUACAGUCAAAUGUGUUGCUCUAGCUAUUUAUUACCAUAUCAAAAACAGAGAUUCUCACAGGCAGAUUGAAAUAUUUGAUGAGAAAUUGCACCCUCUCACACGGGAAGGGGUGGGCGAUGAUUACGACAAAUACAACCCUGAACACAAACAAAUUUACAAAUUCGUAAGGACUUUAUUCAACGCUGCGCAGUUGACUGCUGAAUGUGCCAUUAUUACUUUAGUGUAUCUAGAAAGACUGUUAACUUACUCUGAAUUAGAUAUUCAACCAUCUAAUUGGAAAAGAAUAGUUUUAGGUGCUAUUCUACUAGCUUCCAAAGUUUGGGAUGACCAAGCAGUUUGGAACGUUGACUACUGCCAAAUAUUGAAAGAUAUAACAGUGGAAGAUAUGAACGAACUAGAAAGGCAGUUUCUUGAACUGCUACAAUUCAACAUUAAUGUUCCUUCGAGUGUCUACGCCAAAUACUAUUUUGAUUUGCGUACUUUGGCUGAAGCAAACGAUCUUACAUUCCCCAGUGAGCCGCUAAGUAUAGAUCGGGCCCAAAAACUUGAGGCAAUGUCUAGGGUCAUGGCCGACAAAUACACCCAACAAUCUAUAAAGAAUAGUCUGAAGAAAUGGUCCAGUCUUGACAAUAUCACAAACGGAUCUGCUCGAAGGAGUGUAGCUAUCUUGUCGUGAUUAAGGAUUUAUGUUUCCAGUGAAGUUCUGCAAUUGAUUGAAGAGAUAGGUUUUGGGUUAGUUUCUUUGGAAUUUCGAUUGAGGUGUUUUUAUUUUGUCAGUGAAUUUGCAGAUUAUUCAAUUUCGUGGGUCUUUUUAAAUGGAGGUUUUUAAAGGAAUUACUUUGUUGUUUCGAGGUUCUACUUGAUUAUUUGAAUAAUUUUCUAAUGAUAACACGUGGCAAUAGAUACAAAGUAGAUAUCUGUCUGUUAAAAUCUGUUCUUCCGGUAACCAGCAGUCCCCCCCCCUUAGGAACAACAACUCUCAAAAAUUGAAACUUAUGCGAGCUAA